AUGAAGCAUCAAAACAAUAACGAACAUAUCUCAUCUAUUGAAAACCCUAAUAAGGUUCCUCUAAAGGAUAUUACAUUCACAACAACUACACUAGAAAAUAAUUCAAAGUUGAAAGGAGGAUCAAGAAAACGAAGUUGGAUAUGGGAUCAUUUUAAAGAUUUACCUACUAAUCAAGGGUUUAAAGGAUGGUGCAAAGAACUAAAAAAAGAUGGAAAUCUAUGUAAUCAUAUGGUUGAAACUGAUAGUAGUACAGGAAAUUUCAGUGACUAUCUUCAGAAUAAUGAAACAGGUUUCGCUCAUGCUGCAAGAUUUCAAGGCCCAUUUUUACUCAAUGACAAUAUUACAUAUCAGAACCUUGUUCGUAAAUGCGCGGGAAAUCUAAAACCUUAUUCUCCUAUAUGGAAUAUUCAUGCUAUGAGAAUGCCAAAUUUAGAUUAUCUUCAACGUUUUUAG